UGGUGAUUGGAAUGCGUGCCAAAUGUCAGUUUCAAGAAAUGCAUAUUACUGUAGCUCAAGUGCAUUUUGACACAAGGCGACACCAUUGAUGUCCGCUCAUGCACGUAGUUUUCUUAUUCGUAUUUCAGAUUCCCGACUACGUGAAAAACGCUCAGGUAGAUGUAUUUGAUCAAUCGCCAUGAUGGAAGAACUGAUGCAACGGAUCUUGCCUCCAGACAUUUAUAGACGUAGGCUGUCCUUUCACCAUAGUCCAACUUGACAGAGUUGUUUCAGAAAUCACCACACCAUUAAAAAAAGUACAUUAGUAUUCUAGGAAGAUUGGAAAGUUAUCAAACAUUAAACAAAAUGGGCACAGGAAUACCUUUGUUGAACGAAUACAAGCGAGACUUUUUCUACAAGCGUCUCCCUCAGACCAUCCUUGGAGGCCCUAAAUUGAAGCUUGGUUAUGAGGCGCCAGUGUAUGUGUAUCUGAACCAGGUGUUGUUGUUUAUCAUCCCCUUUCUGAUAGGGGGUGUAUUCACCCUCCUUGUGGAGCUGGGUACAGUGACAGAUUACAUUGCCGUGAUUGUGUAUGGAUGCCUCAUAUUUGUCUUUGUGCUUGUAACACAGAUCUUAUCUACAGCUGUCCAGCUUCAGGGUUCAUCUGACUUACCUUUUCCCACCAAGAAAAAUCUACUUGCUCAGGAUGAUGAAGUUGACUUUUUCUCAUGUUGUGGUGUGGAGACGUUUGAAUUUGUUGCACCUAAGAAAAAAUUCAUUGUAAACAUAGUACUGCAUUCCUUGGUGGGGGGCUGUAUGUGUGGAUUUGCCUUGUGGUACCUACUCCCUACAACCCUAGGGGAUCUAUACAGCUACAACACUGGAGUGACUGUCAUACUUUACAGCUUUGGCUGGAUCACUCUCUGUGUUGCGCAGUACCCUCUCACUGUAGCAGCCCCUCCAGAGCCUGCCACAUAUAGGACUUUGGACAGCUGGGAGUUGUCUCCCCUGAUGCGACCCUUUUAUGUGUUUUUGUGUAUUACAUUUCAUCUUCUGUACAGGUUCCUAUCCACAGUGUUCUUGUCCACAGACCAAACUCUCCAUGUCAUCUUCUCAUUCUUGCCAUUAUUAUGGAUGCUUGGAAUAUUACCUCCCCUAGACGCCGUCUUCUACUGGCUGUUCGAACAAGUGCAUGUGCACCUUCUUGGAGGGUCAACAAGUGCAACUGGUGUUCGACUAGUGGUAAUGUUGACACUGUCCCUAGGUGUGUACCUGGGGGCCUACUUUAUCUCAGCGAGUCUGGGGUCAGUACUGAUAUCAGCUGUGUGUGGCUACCUCCUCAGCACAGAUCUGGGCGGCCUCGGGGACCAGGUGCACACCUUCAUACAUACCCGUAACAAGGUGGCCUCGGGUAGUCACGAUGCCAGCAACUCCAACCACAACUGUCAGUUUCUGUGGAAAUGGCGACCACUGGAGUUUCUUUACCACUUCAUCAUGUUGGCGAUUGUUGGAGUUUUAUCAGGACUCGUCAAUUACAAUGUGACAAAUGAUGACAGUGUUUGGAGAAUCCUCGGAUAUGUAAUUAUUGGAUUGUGUGUGAUGGAAAAGAUUGUGCGAGAUAUCCAGAGUGUAUACAUUGUGCUAGGGUUGUGGAGAAAUAUGUUAUAUCCACCAACAGCUACCCGGACAAACUUGUUUAAAGAUAGAAAAAGAAAAUUAAAACCAUUAGGUGUUCUUCGAAGGAUAAUUGUAAACUGGGUGGCUCCACUGGUCAUGUUGGCUUAUUGUUCUUUACUGGUGACCAGUACUGACCCGACCAGUAAAUCCUUGCGGUCAAAUCUGGCUACAUAUACAUCAGUCUGGUACAUUUUUGGUGUGGUCAGAGUUUUUCGUUGGGUCUGGCAGAGCACGACCAACUCACUGCUUGAGCUGUCAAUUACACACCUCAUCCUAGUCACUCUUAGCACCAACUCAACAGUUAUAGAGUUUGGGUUGCCCAUUCUCUCACUUAUCAUAGGGCUGUGUAGAGACAGAUUCUUCCAGUUCUUGAACAAAUUAUAUUUUUGUUUGUCUCUUUUGAUAUCAUCUUGGACGGACAAGAAACAGCGUCGAGGGUCAACAGCUGUCAUCCUUUUCCUGUCCAUUGUUCUGUUCCCUGUGGUGCUGGGUAUAAUACUAGUGGCCACGGCCUUGUCUGCCCCCCUCCUACCUCUGUUCACUUUGCCAGUCUUCUUCAUCACUUUUCCACGCCCUAGUAAAUUCUGGCCUGAAGCUGUUGGAGCCUCAGCAAAUGUGUGUGCUGAUUCCAUGUUUUACCGACAGUUUGCUCCGAAAUUUGCUGAAGUCUUGAGAACAGCAUUUGCAGAUGGGAGUUUAGGUGAGCCAGUGCCAGGCAAUCACUAUCUGGUGAGGUUCCAGGACCGUCUGGCCUGGGUACAGAUCUUAGAGCGAGGCUGUGGAUACUGCACAGUCAACAUCAAGGGUCUGGAGCUACAGGAGACGUCCUGUCACACGGCCGAGGCUGCCAGACUCGAUGACAUCUUUGAGGAAGCUUUUGAACGUGAGCGAGGGUUUGCACUUGGGUCACUGAACCAGUAUCCCUUACACACCCUUACACCCGUGGAUGCAGCAUAUGUCCACACUUACUCUGAUGCCAGAAACGUGCUGACAGGAAUCAUAGAUAGUCCCGAUAGUUAUCAGACCACAAUGACAGCUUUUUCUAAAAGUUUAGUGUGGGUACUACUGCAUCAUGUGAACCGUUCAAAAUGCAGCACCACCCCACCGUUUGUGGACCAGGACAGUGAUAGUGGUUGUGACUCGUCAGAGGGCAAAGAGAAAAUGGAGAUGGAGGAAAUCAACCAUAACCUAGAGACUAUGAACAAUAACUUGUCACCCCCUACAGCCCCACGGAGAGUGGUUGGGGCCACCUCCAGGACAGAGACUAAAACUGUGGAUACGGUAGUCACGGUUAACAAACCUCCGAUAGUGAAGCGGCAGACAUCAUGGACAUCUAUAGAUAGUUUUGCCGACAGCUUGUGGUCAGAUGAUGGAAUCCUUGAUAACAAGACUAUCAAAAACACUUCUCAGAAGUCCAAUGUUCAAGCAUAUCCAUCUAUAGAUAACUCAAAGAGUAAAAACAAACUUUCCAAUGAUAAGGAUGACUUAGAUGAUUUGUUUGAGGAGUUAGACUUUGGUUUACCUGCUUCAGAUAUUACAAAGCCAAAGCAGGUGCUACAGCCAACUUUCACAACCUUCAAGUCCUCCUCUAAAAACGGGGCCAUGGGUAACAACUCUAUAUACAAACCUGUCACUAACCUGGCCGGCUCCCCCGACUUUAAAUGUCCUCAUUCGUUCCACAUUAGUGUGCCUGCACGGUGGCGUGAGUUGCCAGUGGAGUAUUCUCAGCUGUCUCGGUACCUGGACAAGUUCCCUAGGGAGUGGUACCGCUUUGUCCUAGGGACACUAGACUGGUCAGUCACGGGGCAGUCCAAGGAGAAAGUGGCUCUAGAUGUUGGCCAAGAUGAUACUCUUAUGAACUGCUAUGCACAGCUAGUCAUGGCAUGCUACUCCAUAUUUGAUGCUCAAGUGUCCUACAGUCCUGCCAGCACCCUAUACAAGUACUACACAGGUGAUCUCCCCUGGAACGCCAUGUUGGAUUGGUUAUCAGAGGACAAGGAGCUGCAUACUCUCGUCCUCAAGUGCUUCAGAUAUGGGUUCAAGCUGAUGUUGGACCAGAUGUUGCUGGGAGAGGUCACCUCACCAGAGGAGCUACAGGAGUACAUGGAGGAAUAUGACCGGGAUUGGUAUAUUGGGCUGGAGUCUGAUGAGCAGUGGAAUUCUGCUGUACUGGCUAGUAAACCCAAUCUCUUCUCUCUUGGUCAUAACAAUCAACAGGGAACUUACACGAGCCGAGUGCUGUCUUUACAAGAGGUGGCUGCCCACAUAGGUCGACUCAACACAGAGGUUGUCCGAGGUCAGUGGGCCAACCUUAGCUUGGAGCUGUUGUAUUUUACCAACGAUGACGAGGAGCGCUACAGUAUCCAGGCUCACCCAACAGUUCUCAGGAACCUCACGGUACAGUCAGCAGACCCACCCCUCGGCUAUCCCAUCUUCUCGUCACCACCAAUCAGCAUUCCCACCAUCUGAGAUGGAAACGGUCAACAAAGAAGCCCCUCAGCUUAUCAGCAUCCUCACCUUCUCAGGGGUGAAAAGUCAACACAGAAACCCCUCAGCCAAUCAACAUCGUCACAAGGGUCAUGUGUCAACACAUAACAAGCCCCUAUAUAUAUAGGUUCUCAAACCACAAUAUCAAUUGUGACUUCUCUUUUCGUUAUCACAGUAGAGUAAAAUGGGUUAAGUCGUUGUUGAUGGUGACCAUCUUUUACAAAAUUAUAUCACUUGUAUUAUGACUUAUAUUCAUUGUUCAAACAUAUACCUGCAUUGGCACACUAUAAGUUUGAAUGUUUUUUUGGUCGGAGUAAAUUAAGAGUAAAAUUGUGAAACUGAAACAGAAGUCAUUGAUGUGAUGUGGAUGGUGUAAUGUACGUAACAAUGACUAUCCUUGCCACACUGUUCUGUCAGUAUGGAAUGGGGUGUUGGUAAGUUGACAUCUUUGAAGAAUGUUUGAAAAAAAUUGUACCAGUAAUCAUGCAUUCCCUUGUUUAAUAGGGUUUUUCAAAGUGACUGAUAAAACUGUUGAUGAUGUAGGCUUCACCAGUUUUCUGGUGACUGUGGAUCAUACCUGGUCAAAUUGAUUAUACACGGUAAUUUUACCCGAUAUGUAAUUAUCAUUUAAGAUCCAAGUAAUUAUGCACGUGUAAGGAAAUAAGCCAACAAUUAUUAACAGUGCAACACUAGGCCUGUAUAGUGUGAGGGUAUAGUGUAUCUGAUCUGUAGGAAAAUACCUAAAACUAAACGUUUUGAAAGAAGUUAGUUCAAGUCUAUUCUAACCAUAAUUCUUCCCCACAGUGGUCAAAAUGUUAAAUUUCAACUCUACUUAUCUUCCACUGCCUUUUUAGUGCAGUGAAACAUUUUCAGUAAAUUGUGAUCUGUGUCUUAAAAUUCUCAGUGGACCAUUGUGUUACAUUUCUCUUGUAGUCUAGCUUUUUAAUAGGAAGCACUGGCUUCUUCAGUUCUAGUCUGUGUUGAACUACUGUAUGACACCUAUUGUUUAAUUCAAAUAUCCUAUAUUGCUCUAAUUUGCUCAAAAUCAUUGCAAGUCUCUGCAAGUAUUUGUAGGGUUGAUUCACUGUUAUUACCUUGCAGCAUUUACUAGAUGUACAUGUCGAUAGAAAGGGUCUCUGUGAAACAUUCCAGAUGUCAUAUGUAAGAGUUGUAAUUAAUUCUGUGAAUUGUUCACAAUACAUGUAAUGUGACAUGCUUAAGUUCACAUUAAAAAUGAAAUCCAAUUAUAGGGUUUCAUCUAAUGAGAAAAGGAACAGUGAAGGGUCUUGUCUCAACUGAGUGUAUAAUGAUGCUAUAUGUACUAUUUUGGGAGGACAUCAUAUAUAUCUUUAAUACAAAUCUCAGAUCCUUUACUGAUUUUAGAGAAAUUAAUAUAUUGUUAAAAGGAGAUUUAUGUUGAACAGGAUUUUGUAUAAGUCACAAAAUGUUAAAAUAUUUGAACAACACAAUGUACCAGUAGUUGUCAGCUUUCGUCUUGUGUGAUCAGAUGUACCAACUUGUGGUGGAGUGUGACCGAGUGACACACACCAUGAUAUGGAGAAAGUUCUUCCUCUCAUCUUUGACCAAAUUGUCUCCUGUUUUACCUGUUCAAGAUUUCUUUGUCCCUGGGUUAUGACUUCUCUGUCAUCCCCUAGGGUAUGAUUUCUCUGGCACACCAAGGGAAUGACUGUUUGCAUGCAGAAAGAAACAAUAUUAUGACAUCACAGGAGCAAUCAUUUAUGACGUCAUAAUUAGUUCUUGACGGUGAAAGUCAUGUUCAAAUCAGAAUAUCAAACAGAUUACAAAUGCUGAAAACUAUUUUUUUUAAACUGAUGGGAGAAAAGUAGUCAUCCCCUACCUUGAGAUUGUAACAGAGAAUGUCCAACCCUCGGGGUGAUUAUUUGGUUGUCAUACCCUCAGGUAGAACAACUAAAUACAUCACUUCUUGGGUCGGAUAUUUCUCUGUCAAACCCUCAAGGUAGGGGAGGGUUCUAUUAGUCACUAUUAUGUGCCAUAAUAAUAUAUUUGUGUUUAGCUAUAAUUUUAGUUCGACGAAUGCAUUUAGAAACAUGUGCUGUCGUUAAUGGCAAGCUACAUGUAUGUAAUCUGAAAUUGGGGAGAAAGAAUUAUUUGUCAGAAAAUAGUUUACAUCACUUAUUUCUUUUAGAGAACUGGUUUUUCUUGCAAAUAGUUUUUCUGCAUCCUUCUGUACAGUGAUGAUUUAUUAUUUUCAAGUAAAAAUAAACGAGCAUUGGUCAUGACACUUGCUCCAACAUACAAAUGUCUCAGUUCAGGUGUAAACCAAUCUACAACUGUAUGUCUAGGUUCAUAUGGUACUAAAUCAAACUACAACUGUGUCAGUGUGUGGCUAGAUCAAACUACAACUGUGUCAGUGUGUGGCUAGAUCUAACUACAACUUUAAUAAGAGUUUAUAGAUUAUUUCCAAACGGUCAUUUGAAUGAAGAUCAAGAAUUAAAGAUUAAGAAUUAUAUUGUAAAUCACAGUUACUUAAUUAAGGAAAAGGCAAUUUGUUUCAUAUCUUGAUGUUUUAUAUUCAUAUGACUGGUAGUAUGUGUGAAAUGUUGAAAAACUUAAAAUACAAUUCUCAACAUUAUUUUCCAAAUUAGAAAUAUUCGGAUGUUGGAUGAAGAUUUACAAAGAAGAGUUUAAACAGUAUAAACGCUGGUUUAUAAAUCACAUAUCAGCCCUAGGGUAACAUAUCCAAAUAAUAACCCUGAUCAUAUCAUUGUUGACAGUUUUUUAUGCAUGUUUUGAAAAUCAGAUUUUUUUGAUAAAUAGGAAUCUGGAACAUUUGCAAUAAUUUUGUAGAUCUUUAAAUACAUUUGAGAUAAUAUUAAAAACUCUUGAAAUAAAAGUAUGAUUUUAAUAGUCUUCUCUCAGACGGAAAGUGGUUUGUUUUCCUGCUUUAUAAGAUAUUGAGGUUUGGACACACCCCAAAGGGAAAACAUUUUACUGUUUAUACAGGGAACUUGUGCUCCAGACAUUGAAACAGUACAUGUUUGACUGGUUUAAUAACAUAUAGGAUUCUCAAAUCUUAAUCUCCUAUAAAAGAUAAUGCUUUAACUGUUUCCUCUAGUACUUUGAAAUUCCCUAGCACUUUUCUGAUAUAUGAAAUAUGAAGUAGUGAUCAUUAAGACAUAUCAGCACAUUUUUUUUUCUAUUUUUACUACAUUUGAAUAUGCAUAUUUAUUUCAUUGAUAGCAGAACAUUGUUUUUUAAAUGAUCAUUAAACUUUAUUGUUAUUGCGAUAUGAUUACUUGUAUAACAUACAGUCCUAUUAUGCUUUUAAAAUGAAAGAUAACAUUGAAAUCUAGUUAUUGCUUUCUGUUGUAGUGAGACACAAAAGGGACAGUGUAUUUGAUACCUUGUGUAUUGAUGUUUUACCACCGUAGUAAUGUCUUCAUGGCAUUCUGUUGUCUGUGAUAACCUGUUUUGGAUUUUACUUUUAUCAGUAAUGAUUGUUUAUUUAUUUUUUAUUGUUUUGUUAUAUGUACUCUGCUGUGGUGUUAUUGUAACAUCAGUUGUUUAUACGUUGUUGGCACCCAACUUUUGUACUAUCAUUGUAACACCAGAUCUGAACUGUGCUUUGUAUAUUUGUAAACAGUGUAUUUUAUCUGUACUGAAGAUAUGUGACAAGAAAAGAAGUAUUGCUACCAUUAACUAUUUAUUAUUUAUCACGUGAGUGAUUAAUUGGUUGCUUUUAAUUGCUUCCUGUAAAUACCAAACAAAUAUUGACAUUGUUAAUUCAACACUCACUGGUUCAACAGGUCACCUUCUGCUUAAACAUAAUGAAUAUAGUAAUACAUCAUGAUAAAUACAAGUUAGGUUUUCUCAUUAUAUGGAAUUUGAUUACAUUGAAAUAAUGUGACACCAUAAUUGAUUCUAAGACUGCAGGUCCAUUGUCCUAUUGACAUUGUUCAGAUUAAAACAUUAUAUUACGUAACGAUAAAAAAAGCUGAAUGACACAUGGUAAUCUAUAGGGACCUUAUAGUACACCGCAUCAUUCUGUUAUACUCCUGAGUUGAACAAAGUUGAUGAAAUUCCAAUGAUAUUGUAUUGGUCGAAACACUGGGAGUGGAGUUAAUGAUGCCGUCCAUUAAAGAAUUCAAUCUACAUGAGAAACAGAAAUAAAUAUCUUGUGUUACUGUAUACAUACUUUGAUAGGUGAAGAUAAUAUCUGUGCUCCAACUCCCUCGCCAUACUUAAGUAAGAGUCAAACGUGAAAAAGGGUGUGGCUACUUACAAUGUAACAUGUUUAUAACCGCGUCGGUAAGUUUACUCAGCGCUGAUACUUUUAUAACCGCGUCGGUAAGUUUCCUCAGCACUGAUACUUUUAUAACCGCGUAGGUAAGUUUACUCAGCACUGAUUCUUUCAUAAC